ACGGCCAUCAUGUCGCACAGGAAAUUUUCUGCACCCCGUCACGGGUCGAAGGGCUUUUUGCCAAAGAAGAGGGCCAGUCGUCAUAGGGGCAAAGUAAAGGCUUUCCCUAAAGAUGACAAGAAUAAGCCUGUCCAUUUGACAGCUUUUAUUGGAUACAAGGCUGGCAUGACCCACAUUGUCCGUGAUGUAGAUCGACCUGGGUCCAAAUCUAACAAGAAGGAAAUUGUGGAGGCAGUCACCAUCAUAGAGACACCACCUAUGGUCAUUGUCGGUUUGGUAGGGUACAUUGAAACACCCAGUGGCCUGAGAUCAUUCAAGACCAUCUUUGCUGAGCAUUUGAAUGAGGACUGUAGGAGACGAUUUUACAAAAACUGGUACAACUGCAAAAAGAAGGCUUUUACCAAGUAUGCCAAAAAGUGGACUGAUGAGACAGGAAAGAAGGAGAUUGAGCGGGACUUCCAAAAGAUGAAGAAGUACUGCAAGGUCAUCCGUGUCAUUGCUCAUACCCAGACAAAGCUGAUGAAGAAACGUCAGAAAAAGGCUCAUAUCAUGGAGAUCCAGGUGAAUGGAGGCACCAUUGCACAGAAAGUGGACUGGGCAAGGGAGAAGAUGGAAUCUUCUGUUCCUGUUGGAUCUGUAUUUGCCAUGGAUGAAAAUAUUGAUAUCAUUGGUGUAACCAAGGGUAAAGGAGUCAAAGGUGUGACAUCCAGAUGGCACACAAAGAAGUUGCCCAGGAAGACGCACAAGGGUCUGAGGAAAGUUGCUUGUAUUGGAGCUUGGCAUCCAAGUCGUGUCCAGUUUACUGUUGCUAGGGCUGGACAGAAAGGUUACCAUCAUCGUACCGAGAUUAACAAAAAGAUCUACCGUAUGGGCGAGGGUACCCACACCAAGGAUGGGAAGCUAGUUAAGAACAACGCAUCCACAGAUUUUGAUCCCUCUGAGAAGAACAUCACACCAAUGGGAGGAUUUCCCCAUUACGGAGAGGUCAACAAUGACUUUGUCAUGAUUAAGGGUUGCACCAUGGGACCUAAAAAGAGGGUUUUGACCCUGCGAAAGUCUCUGUUGCCCUCAUUCAAGAAGAAGCAGAUGGAGAAGAUCAAUCUGAAAUUCAUUGACACUUCCAGUAAAUUUGGUCAUGGUCGCUUCCAGACAUUUGAGGAGAAGACUAACUUCAUGGGACCCCUCAAGAAGGACCGCAAGGAAACUGCUGCUUAAUUGUUUCCAACAUGACGACAGUUGGACAAGACUUGUCAAGAAUAAAAAAAAAAAACCUGUAA